AUGUCUUUGUCUGAUGCACUUGGCUACGGUCAAUCCAUCACUCUCUCCUCUUCACCUUUGUCUCUGAAGCAACAUUCGGCACCUUGUUUUUCCGCUCCCUACUUCCCCUUCGCAGCCAAAGUCCCCCACCCCCGCUCGCUGACAUUUGAGGGUGGACAGGGGUCGGCAACCUUCAGCAUACAAAGAGACCCAAAAGACCGCAACUUUUUCCAGUGGGAAGAUGAAAAGGUCUCCAAAGCCAGGGUGCUGGCCGGAGAAGCGGAGAACAGGUUGAAGAGGCCUCUGUUUAGCCAGCAGCAGUGCAUUGCAAGGUUCAGACAGUUUAUAUCCCUCCCGAUGGACCAAAAGAAGUUCCGUGGGGAUUGUCAGACACUCCUCCUCCCUCAGGAACACUCGGCACAUGCCUGCCACUCUUGCUCGUCCGAGCUGCGGAGGCCGAGCAUGCUUCUACGGCCUCUCGUUGACAAGAAGAGCAACGCCCAGUAUCUCUUCACAGAGCGCAACUCCCGCUUCUUGCUGGAAACCCUGCUUGGUAUGGGGUACCACAAGGUGCUUUGUGUGGGCACUCCAAUCCUACACGAGUUGAUAAAACUUGAAAAACUGGAAACCCCUGAAUCUACGCCAAUGAAGAGCCUUCUUCUGGAUAUCGACUUCAGAUAUGCCCAGUUUUACAGCCAGGAUGAGUUCUGUCAUUACAACAUGUUCAACCACCACUUCUUUGAUAGCGAAGCGACGUGGCUGCAGGAGAUCCUGGCGUCCUCGGUCACUGAUGAAGCAUGA